AUGAUCCCUACAAAGAAAAAAAAUAGAAUCAAGAGAAGUUUGUAUAGCAUUCCAGGUAAUAGAGUCUACCCAUUCCAAUUUUCAAUGCUUUACAAUAAGAAGUUUUGUGGCUUUAGCCAUGGUUGGCUAGCAACACUGGGUGGUGUUGAAGAUAUCAUAACUCUAACCAAUCCUUUAAAAAACGUAGCCCCCAUCGUUCUUCCAAGGUUAUAUUUUCAUUACUAUGGUCGUCAUCGAAGAUCAUAUGUAUAUGUAAAUAAGGUUGUUUUGUCUGUUGACCCAUUAAUGAAUCCGAAUGACUAUGUGGUUGCUGCAAUUCACUCCCAUUCUUUUUCAUUCAUUAAAGCAGGUAAAAACUACUGGAUUAAUGUAGAAGUGGAAAAUUAUUAUCAUUUUCGUUACGCAGAUAUUACAUUUUAUCAAGGUCUAGUAUAUGUUGUGUGUGGGAGGAGGAAUGUGCUGCCUGGCGUGGUCGUCGAUUUUGACAGAAUUAUGUCCUUCAAUCUUUAUUGUUUGGAUGAUGAUCCUUGCCGAAGGGUGAAGAUAAUUCCAAAUAUUUUUCAUCAAGAUAGUGAAAGAGGUUUUUAUUCCAUGCGUGCCUAUCUUGUUAAGUCAUUAGAAGGAGACCUUUGGAUGGUGAGAAGAAUCUUGCCUUCUCAAUUCAACAACUGCAAAGAUGAUGGGAAUGUGGUUUUCAACGUAUAUAAGUUGGAACUAGAUGAUGCCCAAAAUGGGAAGGUUUUGCAAAUGCUGAAACUGGAGAAUUUGGGAGAUAAUGUUUUGUUUGUAGGUGAUUACAGUGAUUCAACUGUUGCGUCGAAUCCCUAUUUCUCUAAUUCUCUGCAAAAGGACUCAAUUUACUACACUAAUGAUAAUGAUGUUGGCUCACCAAUUCCUCCCUCUCAUGACCCACUUGAUUUAAGGGUGUAUAAUGUAAAGGAGGGAAGAGUUUUUCAAAAUUACCCUUUCAAUCCUUCCUUCACGCGUGUGUCACCUUCAUUAUGGAUUCUACCACCAUUCCAAUGGGAUUGA